GCUCGCAGCGCCUGCGCAGAGCUGCUGCUUCUCUCGCGAGGACGGACGCCAUUAUCGCAUCUCCCCGACAAACACCACGAGAAUUCCGCAGCCCACACGGUGACAGAAAUCCCAUACCCUGUGACUUCUGGACUCUUGCUUGUCAGUGUGCCCCUUUCUCGCACUCUGGAUGAUGUCAGAGCAGGACCUGGCGGAUGUGGUUCAGAUUGCAGUGGAAGACCUGAGUCCUGACCACCCAGUUGUUUUGGAGAAUCAUGUUGUGACAGACGAUGAUGAACCUGCUUUGAAGCGCCAGCGACUAGAGAUCAAUUGCCAGGAUCCCUCUAUAAAGUCUUUCCUGUACUCUAUUAACCAGACGAUAUGUUUGCGGUUGGAUAGCAUUGAGGCCAAGCUGCAAGCUCUCGAGGCUACUUGCAAAUCUCUGGAAGAGAAGCUAGACCUGGUCACCAAUAAACAGCACAGUCCCAUCCAGGUCCCCAUGGUGGCAGGUUCCCCACUUGGCGCCACCCAGACCUGCAACAAAGUGCGAUGCGUCGUCCCCCAGACUACAGUAAUUCUCAACAAUGAUCGGCAGAACGCCAUUGUAGCCAAGAUGGAAGACCCAUUGAGCAACAGGGCACCGGAUUCCCUGGAUAAUAUCAUUAGCAACGCUGUUCCUGGGCGUCGUCAGAACACCAUUGUGGUGAAAGUGCCUGGUCAGGACGACAGCCACAAUGAAGAUGGGGAGAGCGGGUCAGAGGCCAGUGAUUCCGUGUCUAACUGUGGCCAGCCAGGAAGCCAGAACAUUGGAAGCAACGUCACACUCAUCACCCUGAACUCUGAAGAGGACUAUCCCAAUGGCACCUGGCUGGGCGAUGAGAAUAACCCUGAGAUGCGGGUACGCUGUGCCAUUAUUCCCUCCGACAUGCUGCACAUCAGCACAAACUGUCGCACAGCCGAGAAGAUGGCGCUGACACUGCUGGACUACCUGUUCCACCGUGAGGUGCAGGCUGUGUCCAACUUGUCGGGCCAAGGCAAGCACGGGAAGAAGCAACUGGACCCCCUCACCAUCUAUGGCAUCCGGUGUCACCUCUUCUAUAAAUUUGGAAUCACGGAAUCUGACUGGUAUCGGAUCAAGCAGAGCAUUGACUCCAAGUGCCGGACAGCCUGGAGACGGAAACAGCGAGGCCAGAGCCUGGCGGUCAAGAGCUUCUCUCGGAGGACACCAUCCUCAUCCUCAUACAGUGCCUCAGAGACCAUGAUGGGAACCCCUCCACCCACCAGUGAGCUACAACAGUCACAGCCACAGGCCCUACACUACGCAUUGGCCAAUGCACAGCAAGUCCAGAUCCACCAGAUUGGAGAGGAUGGACAGGUGCAAGUAAUCCCACAGGGCCACCUCCAUAUUGCCCAGGUGCCUCAAGGGGAGCAGGUGCAGAUCACACAGGACAGUGAGGGUAAUCUGCAGAUCCACCAUGUGGGCCAGGAUGGCCAGUCGUGGGGCCUGUGCCAGAAUCCCAUUCCUGUCAGCGGUGACUCAGUGGCCCAGGCUAAUCCCUCCCAGCUUUGGCCUCUGGGAGGAGACACACUUGAUCUGCCUGCUGGAAAUGAAAUGAUCCAGGUACUGCAGGGUGCUCAGCUCAUAGCCGUGGCCUCUUCAGACCCUGCUGCUACAGGAGUAGACGGGUCGCCUCUCCAGGGCAGUGACAUUCAGGUUCAGUAUGUCCAGCUGGCGCCUGUGAGUGACCACACAGCUGCAGCGCAGACGGCUGAGGCAUUGCAACCCACUCUGCAGCCUGAGAUGCAGCUUGAACAUGGAGCCAUCCAGAUCCAGUGAGACUGGGCAUUGCAGGAGCACCACGCCACAGCUGCUCACUGACCCUGCCCCACGCCCUGCUCUCUUGCUUCAGCAACUGCAGGUUCUGCUGGGCAUCCGAGAGCUCCUCCUCCCAGGGAAAGGUCCUGGCCACCCCCUGCUGGAAGGCGCCUCAGGGUUUGAGUCUCACUGCUGGUCUCCAAAGGAGAAGCAUUGUGCAGAGUGUUGAGUACAUUCAGAAAAAAACAAGAACUACGAUAUUUUGUUUAAACAGCUUUUUUAAUUUGCUAUGGUGUUUAUAACAAAAAAGAAAAUGGAAAAAAAAAACAAAAACACAAAAAAACAAACAAAACAAAACAAAAAACCCAGAACAGAAACACAACUGUGGAGUAGUAGAAGCCUGGGCCAUGUGCUCCCUUCAGGUUCCUGACGUAGGUGUUGGAGCCAGCUGAUGAUGCUGGAGCACUUCGGACCUGCUGCUAGGGGAGUGCUCCAAAGGGUGUGCUCCCCAGUGUGAUUAUGCAUUUCUAAUGAAAUAAAGUGUAUUGAUGGCCACAGAGGCUCAGUGUUGUUGCACUGUGAGAGGACUUCUGCAGGAUGGGUACUGGGACGAAUACUCAUCCCCAGGGCCAUGCUACCAGAGAGUUCUUGCUUUGGCUCUCUCUUCUAGGGAGCAUGAGCUGUGGGUGUCCCUUGGGGCAGCUGUCUCCCACUUCAUCACAGUGAGCCCUCAAAGGCAAGGUCAUUUUAACCCAUCCUCUUCUGAAUGCUUAGGCCCCAUAAACUGCAACUCCAGGAGUCCUGGAGAACUCCCUGUGGAGAAGGCGGGACUGCAGAGAAAGCAGGCUCAAAUAGUCACAUGAGCUGCAUGUGAAAUGCCAAUGAAGUUCUUACUGACUGACAGUGCUGUGCUUGACACUUUUCCCAGGAGGAUUUCAAAGUUGUGGUCCCAGAUUAUCAUGCCUCUGUCUCAUGUCACCACAUUCUGGAUUCCUGGGCUGGUUAUUCACCAGGGCACACUAAGGUAGCAGAGGAGAACAGCUCUAUGGAAUAGACAAUUUGACAUGGUUGUGGCCAUCUUCCUAGGACACUUGCCAAUGUUGCAGAUGGCCCUAUGUGGGGAGAGUGGGGAAAGGCAUGGAGGCUAGGCUUACAAGGCUGUGUAACACAUCUGGGCAGGAUCCCAGGCAAGAAUGGAGAAAAGAACCCAGAGAGGAAAGCACACUCCAGGAAGAGCAUGGCAUAUACCCACACCUAGAUAUACAAGAUGGGAGAUGGCAGCAGACCCGUACCCUGGAAGUCAGAAUAAUGGGAAGUUAACUACUUCCAACAGAGCCAGGUCUUCAGAAAAUGUUCAGAAAACUGGUUGACAAUGUACCAUGUAACCCUGCAGUUGUAAUCCCAGGAAUACCCUGUGUCCAUACACACACCUGUGGGCGCACAUUCUCAAUAGCCUCAUUCAUACUGACCUGAAGUGGAAAUAGCCUAAAGGGCCAGCAUAUGAGCAGGUGAGCAAAGGCAUACCUCUCAAUACAGAGGAUUAGUUGACUGCCAGAGGAUCGGCACUCUGGCCCACUCUAUGGCAUGAUGAACUUGCAAACAUUAGUGAGUGAAAGAAAGCAGAGGUAAGAAGACUGCUUACUGGAAGAUUAUACGGAUGGACAGAUUCACAGAAACAGAUUGUCAGGACCAGAAGAGAGGAACAGCGGCAGUAACACAUGGGGGAUCUGCUGAAAGUGCUCCCGGUUGGAUAAUGGAUAUUUGUCUUGUACACCAGGUGACUGGUCACUUGAAAAGGUGAAACAUUUGCUGUUCACUAUAUCUCAAGGUUAUUUUUGAUAAAUGGAUCACAUUUGGCAAAAGCAUAAAAAUUGAGGCUAUGUGCUAAAGAUGCCAUGGAAAGGAGAUUCUACAGGAUUUUCAAGACUAGGAACAUGGGCCCAGAUGAAGGUUCUCUAGUAAGAGACCACUGGACCACUUGGAAUAGAAAUGGAUCUUAAGUGAUCUCUAUAAAAUUGACUCUCUAAGAUUAAAGAUAUCAAAACAGAGGAAAACAUGACUGUCUUGGGACAGGCAAGAAGAGAAGUGAAUUUUUAUUUUAAAGUACUCUUAAUUGUCUUGAAGAAAAAUGUGUGCAAUAUUCAGCCUCCAGUAUCUGAAAACUGUAUAGAGACACGUCACUGUUUGUAAAGAUUAGAGUGCUUGCUUGCUCAGGUGGCUGGUGGCCCUGGCCUUGUCCUUGUAGGACAUCACCCAGCAGCUUGAGAAAGGUCUGUUCUUAGAUGUUUUCUGGAGCAUUGCUAAAGAAUUCUGCUUGCUAUGUUGUGUGUUCUCUGACUACAUAGAAGUGAGGUAGAUUUUAAUGAGGAAAAAACUUCCCAUAGCUCAAGUAAAUAAAAUUGGAUUCAUGAAGCUACACUUCAUUGAAUGACAGAGAUGUCAAAAUGUGGAAUGCAUCAGGUGUGUUGAGAAACAGCUACAGACAAGCUGGGAUGGAGAAUUACGUCUACAUUCAAAUGACAAAAGCAGUGUUGGUGCUGUGGGAACAUUACAAAUUGAGAAGUUCCAUUUAUACCAAUGCUCAAACAGUUGAUUAAGUCCUGGUACAAGAAAGAUGAUGGAUACAAGUUGCCAUUGUGGGGGUUUCCACAGACUCCUCAGGCAGUAGAAGACGAGGCUCUCCCAGAAUUAUAUGGAUGGAUUGGGAAACAACAGAGGGAAUGACAUGCUGCCUUGACACCAGACUGGGGUGGGGCAGAAGAAGAUGGAAGGAAGGAAGGACUAAAGACUUGUUGCUUCUGAAUGUCUGAGCUACCUCAGAGCAUGAAUAGGCUGUGCUUGGUGACGUCAAGUGAUGUGCCAACCCUACCCCAUGUUGAGUCAUGCAUACUUGGUAUAUUUUGAAAGUCUUGUGACUUGCUGUGAUAAUAGAACCAUGUGGUUAUCUUUAGCAGAAAAAUGAUAUGUAAAACUUACCUGUUCAUAGUCACAAUGGAUCUGAUCAGAGACAUCUGUAAGAAACCAGUGACAAAUAUCCCUGAACUUGGAUUUGGAAAGCCUGGUGUGACAAAUGAGGAUGCCUGGCACCUUGGUUAUUCUGAGAUUGGAAAGCUAGAAAUGAGACUACCUCUGUCUAUAUAAUUUGGAUGUGAACUCCUGAUGGAUAUCCCACGAGCUGACCCAAAAACCUGUGAGUGUGCUUUGCCUGGGUGCUGGCUACAGGCCACUCAGAAAUCACUCCCAUCUCAGUCAGAAUCAGCACGGAUGCUCUUAACUGCUGCUCAUUACAGCCUCUAGGAAGCUUUACCCCACAGAAGUAAAUUUAAGGAGAUGCUGAGGCAAUGUUACUGAACUAGAGAAAAACCAAGGAAAAGCCUCAUCUGAGAAAGUGUGGGUUCUCUAAAUGGUGCAGCCAGUGAGGUUUCAUGCAGAAGCCAAACAGGAACUAUUGUCGCAGUGGACAAGAGUGAUGAGGACUGGAGAGAUGGCUCAGUGGUUAGAGUUCUUACUGCUUUCCCCUCCCCAGUGGGAAGAGUUCACUGCCUGUAACCUGAUGCCCCUUUGAUUCCCCACACUCCUCUCACACCCACGGCAGACAUACACACACAGGAAUAAAAAUAAACCUUUAAGAA